UAAAUCCUACACCAACCUCAGACUAUAAAGCCUCAACUAUCGUUGCGAUUAUUACAGUCGGAAGCGCUAUGAUUUUAAUUCUAGUACUUGUUGGACUUUGGUAUAUUAAAUGGAGGUGUAAAAAAGAAUGUGAACUUAAUGAAAGCGAUAUUAGAAAUUCUGAAAAAAAAUUUGACGAUGAAAUUGUUUUAUCAACUGACGAAAAAAAAUAUGG